CCCGUUCAUGCAACUUUUACUGCGUGCUGUUUAUCGGUUCCAGCCAAGCAGAUCUCGCCCGCUGCAGACGCUGCGAAGAUUUCAGCACUGGCGCUGUCCACUGCUCCUACAACUGACCUGACUGGACGGUCAACUUCAAACUUGUCUCUUCCCCAAUUACGCGCGUGCUGGUGGCCGAAAGGGGACUGGGCUACACCAACGAGACCCAACACUAGUGUGCGGUGCACCGUCACGACCAGACACAUACGCGCGCGCGCGCUACACACACCCUUCCCACUGCAAGCGGCGCCUUGCAAUGCCGGGCUGCAGCGCAUAAGGAAACGAGGAGAACCCGAGCGCCAAGUCCAGGAGUACUACUAGAAACCCAGCCGGUCUUAGUCCAGCCAUGGGCGUUCUGAUGUCCAAGAAGCAACAGGUGGAGAAGGUGCAGAAAUGCAGCGUGGUGGUCUCCGCCUUUCGAGAGGGCCUGAAGAACCAGUCCAGCUCUGUGCAGGCCCACAACGGUGCCGAAAACGCUGGAGACGAUGCUCCGGAGCAGCCGGACGCGGAGGAGUCCGGCCGUAAAGAGGAUGAGGGGAAACCAGGUCCGUCCUCGGCCCAGCCUGCCUCCGCCCCGCCUAGAGAGGAGAACAAGGCCAAUCAGGAGGCCUGGGGCCGCCUCCGCGAUGGAAAAGGGGUGGAGCCAGAGGAGUUAAAAAAGGCACAUCAGCUCACUCCCCCAGCGUUCGUGAGGCCGAAAAGGCAACCCAACGAUGACCAGCCUGUACUGAUAGAGCUCGGACAGAGAGAGCAGCCGGUCAAUGAUGAGAUGUGUGAGGUGUGUGAGGUAUGGACGGCGGAUGAUCUGUUCCCGUGCCGGACGUGUACGAGGGUGUUUCACGAUGGCUGCUUGCGAGAGAUUGGAUACCUGCGGGCAGACGCUUUGCAGGAGAUGCGGGAGUCAGCACACACAACUACAGGCUGGAGCUGCUACUACUGCGACAAUGUGAACCUGCUUCUGACUGAAGAAGAAAUGUACAGCCUGAUGGAAACAUUCAAGCAAUGCAAAAUCAUUCCAGAAUCCUGCCUCGUCUCAGAUGAGCUCCUCCAGUAUAGGCACUUUGUGUCGAAGCAGCUGUUUGAGAAGGAUCUGACGGAUGAGCAGGAGGAGGAGGUUCUGGCCCAGUUCGCUGCCCUUGACCCGGAGAAGAAGGGUCAAAUAGAGUGGUCAGACUUCCUGUAUCAUGAGUCCCUGUCAGUACUGCAGAAAUUUCGAACAGAGAACUCGCUGGUGCGUCUGCUAACGGCUAAAGAGCGUGACAGAGCGCGGGCCAUCUUCCAGAGCCUGGACCAGGAUAAAGACGGGGUCAUCACAGGUGGAGAGAGCCGACGGGCCCAGGCCUCCUGGUUCCACAAAAUCAGCAAAGAGUCUCAGUCCUGCAAUGUCAGACUCAUGGGAUUGUGUUCCCCUAUAGUGAAUAUGGGUAUCAGCCACGUCGGCCCAAUAUCAGAGAGCAGCCCAGCCAGCUCCAGUAGUGACAAGAGCAGAGACAAAGCCAUGGAGAAAUACGACAACAGGCCGGUGACGUGGGACGCGUUUCUGCGUGAGAGCGCCAUCUACAUCCUGGCUGCUCGGCCCAACAGCUCCGCCAUGCACAUUCGCCUGCCACUGUAACCACGGCUAAUGCACCCUGGAGCACACACACAGCAGCGAGGGUCACACAGCGGCGAAGAGGCGUGGGAUAAGCCCCGGCACGGCAAGAGGACUGGACUAAACGACUAAACAAGACACAACACUCAGAGACUGUAUAAGCCAUCGACGCACCUUUUCUCAGACCACUCUGUCAAACUGCAUACUGUUUUUCGCUCUUACUUCAAAACUUCAGCACGCCAGUGGCCACAUGGGAAAAAAAAAAACUGAGAUUUUAGGAUUUUUGUGAGAUGUAUUAUCUGCAAACAUGUAACACUUCUGAUCAUGGCUCUGUGGUUGGUCCAGUGGGGAAAGAAAUAGCUAUUUCUGUAUGUAAAGCUGUAAGGAGCACUGCAAUCUACUGCAUAGGAACAAUAGCAGACCCAUAGUAUUGUACUGUCAGCCUUUAAUUUUACAGUGUUAGUCACUCGUGAUCAGAGCACAUGUGGGGACCACCACAAACCCCAGUUACUAAGGCCAUAAAUUUGUGGAUAGCACAGGGACUAAACAAGGAAUGAAAGCUAUCUGCAUAUAAGAUAUAGACAUAUAAAUAUGAAUAUACACAGUAUAUAUUAAUAUGUAUUAUAUAUGUGUAUUUAUUCCUGAACCUUCCAGAUGACCUGCUGUUUUUUCAAAAUGGUUUUAGAUGUUGUU